GCAAAAUUAAAGAACAGCAAUAGCAGAUUUUCUUACAAAAUUCCAAAAAUGAGUCCCAGAACGCGUCGUUAUAUCGUAGCUAUACUCUUUCUUUUGUCGUUCUUUGUCUAUCGCAUGGCCGAGAAUCAGUUUGGUGCUGAGAAACCUUUAUUUCCACGCUGCCAGCGUUUUGAGGAGCACGCCUUACUGAAGGACUUCACGCAUACGGCCGAAAGUUGUACGAUGGAGAAAUAUCAUAAGCCGGGCGCAAAGCCGAAUCCCCUCUAUGUUAAGGUUAGUUGUCGCGUUGAAGAGCUGCCGCGGGGCUACACACGGCGUCUGAAACCCGAGGAACAUGUGCGGAAUCUACUUGAGGGCGAGCGGAGUACGGAGACCCGCAAGCACCAAUGGACAUUCGAAGUGCCGCGCGACGCCAUUCAGGGACUCAACGAGCUGGCGCUUUGAUUGCUUUUAGGCAAACACAAUACCCUCCCACACACACAUACAUACCCGUCUCAGCAUAUCUGUGUAUACUCACAUGCAUAGGUCCAUUUAUAGUCAGUCGGUCAAUAAAUAGAUGAAAUAUUUUCAGUGAUAAGCAAA